AUGAGCAACCAGCCGAUGACAACGACGCCGACGACGCCGCCUCCGAGGCCGGGCACGGCGAUGGUGCACGGACCGCCGCCCCCGCCACCGCCGCCGCCCCCGCCUUCUGCCAGUGGAGACCUGUGCUGUGACUCAAGAGUGAAUAACCAGAUCCAGCAUGCUGAAACUAAGUUUGUUAGAUCUAUACUGAGGCGAACAAAACAAGGGGACGAGCCGCCGCUAGCAGCCGGGUUUGCAAAUUGGGACACGGUGUGGGGCUGGGAUGGCGGUGUAGGUACAAGGUGUCGGCACCCCCCACCAGCCGGCGGCGGCGGCAGCGGUUCAAGGCCGCGCGCGACCGGCCAGCCAUUGUCUGCGGCUGCCCCCGGCUCUGGCCUUAUCCAGAGCGCGGCUGCUGCUGCUGCUGCUGCUGCCGGCGAGAAAAACGAGCCGCGGGCAGCGGCCGCCACUUCCAUUUGCAGAAACACGGGACUCUGCAGAGGCUGCGGCGCGCAUCGGCGAUGA